AUGGAGGAACCAGCGACAAGGCAAUUUGAAAUGUCCCUGUCAGACGGUGCCUCGGACGACGAUAUGCCCUUAACGUUACCCACAGAGGGCAGCCACAGUGGGAGCAUCCGAAAGGGAUGCGAUCCUUUCGCCCAGACUCAGCGCAGUAAACUGCAGCACAGAAGAGCACGCAUCAACCAGCAAAUCAACAAGGAGAUGCUAAUGAGAGCCGGAGCAGAGAACUUGUUCAGAGCGACGACCAACAACAAGGUGAGGGAGACUGUCGCUCUGGAGCUCAGCUUCGUCAACUCCAACCUGCAGCUGCUGAAGGAAGAACUGGAGGAGCUCAACAGCAACAUGGAGGUCUACCAGACAGACAGUGAGGCUGUCAACGUUCCCAUGAUCCCACUCGGCUUAAAAGAAACCAAAGAGGUGGACUUCACUGUUUCUAUCCAGGACUUCAUCUGUGAGCACUAUGGAGAGGACAGCUCUCUGUACGACAAGGAGAUCAAAGAGCUUAUGGAGCUCAGACAGGCCAUGCGUACACCCAGUCGCAACCAGGCUGGUCUGGAGCUGUUGAUGGAGUACUACAACCAGCUGUACUACCUGGACCAGCGCUUCUUUCCUCCACACAGGAACCUCGGCGUUCACUUCCACUGGUACGACUCUCUGACAGGCGUCCCGUCGUGCCAGCGUGCGCUGGCCUUUGAGAAAGGAAGCGUGUUGUUCAACAUCGGUGCUCUGUACACACAGAUCGGAGCACGGCAGGACCGCUCUGCCACAGCUGGAAUAGACCGAGCUAUAGAUGCCUUUCAGCGAGCUGCAGGUGCGUUUAAUUACCUUAAGGAGAACUUCUCCAACGCGCCAAGUCUGGACAUGAGUGGUCCGUCGCUCUGCAUGCUGGUCCGGCUGAUGAUCGCCCAGGUGCAGGAGUGUGUCUUCGAGCGCGUCACGCUCACGACACAGGACAUACACUUUACUUCUCAACUCAGCCUGGCACAGGAAGCUGCACGCGUGUCGGACGUCUACUUGUUGGUGCAGCAGACCAUGACACAGCCUCUGAUGAAGGACUACGUGCCCUUCUCGUGGGCGUCCAUGGUUCAGGUCAAAUCUGAACACUUCCGUGCUCUCUCACACUACUACACUGCUGUUGCCCUCUGUGACCACAUGUCUCCUGUAGCAUCUGCUGAGGAGAAGGAGCAGCAUGAGGAGGAAGCAGAGAAGGCUUUCCUCCAGUUCUAUGUCAGCACUCCUCCAGGGCCGUCGCUCAGCCAGGUCCUACAAGACCCUGAAAAGAGACGAAAGCUUGGUAAAGCUCACUUGCGGCGUGCAGUAAUUAGACACGAGGAGGCGAUGCGUGUCCACGGUCUGUGUAAGAUCCUGAGGAAGAUGGACAUUCUGCAGGACGUGCUGUCUCUCACACACAAACGCUCUUUGGACAAGUACUCCGAGCUGGACCGAGAGGAUGACUUUGAUGAAACCGCAGAGGCUCCAGAGAUACAGUCUCAAACCCAUCAGAAACCAGACAUCACUCCAACCAACUUCUCUACAGUGCAAGUUACUGACAUCUUCCAAAGACUGGGGCCUCUGUCAGUGUUUUGUGCGCGGGCUCGUUGGGGCCCGGUGCGACUGAUCUGCCUGCAGAGGAGAGAGGGCGGCCUGGGCCUCACACUCAGAGGAGACUCCCCCGUCCUGGUGGCAGGAGUCAUACCUGGAGGCUGUGCAGCGGAGGCAGGACUGAGGGAAGGAGACUACAUCGUAGCAGUGGACGGACAGGACUGUAAAUGGGCCAAACAUGGCGAGGUUGUCAACAUGCUGAAGAGCUGCAGUGAGAGUGGGGUGGAGCUCAGUGUUGUCACUUUACACUCACAUGAUACACAGGUUUGUGAGCGAAGGGCCAUCAUGCUGUCCAACUGUGGCGAUAAAGAAAAUGCUCGGCAGCGCCUGCUGGGCGCGGCUAAGGGCCAGAGCUCCGCCUCCCUGCUGAACUGGAACAGAAAGAAGAAGAGAGAGGGCAGCAGCGUCACCAAGAGACUAGGAAGCACUUUCAGUCUGUCAUUCGGAAGCAUCAGAGACGCUGAGGACAUGUACUGAGACAUGACUGCCGAGGAACUGCUCAGGGAAUCAGUGGAGCACACGGUACGAUGACGGCUGCAGACAGACUGAUGCUAAGUGCUGCACCAAUAACACAAACUCACAACCAGAGGUCUGAUCUACCAACAAAAAGCACAAAUUUAAAUGUUGAUCCUGGCUCAUAUUUUGCUUAAGCACAGUCCAGUUUGUUAUAUGGAAGCGUACGCACCAGGUAGAAAACCUUGUAGCACGUAGCUUUUUGCAAAUGUUUACCUUGCAGGAAUGAAGAGG